AUGACGAAUAGAUCUAACGCGAAGCGCAAAAGGAAGCAGCCGGCCAGGUACACCCCGGAAGAAGCCGGCCCCGUGCAAGACGGCGACUUCUACCCCCUCUUCCAGUACCAGCUUCCCGUCCCCCUCCACUAUCCCCGGCGACAGCACGCGGGCGACGCCUCCGAGACGCCUGCCCUCGACCCCGUGGCACUCCCGUUCAGCCCCAGCAGCGCGACGACCCCCGUGAGUUCGGUAGCUACACCAAGCGUAGCAUCCGAGGUCGGAGUCGCGCCCGACGCCUUCGCGACCCCGAGUACAGCAUCCAAAUACGAAGACGACAGUCUCACAACCUCGGUGGCCGGCGUGGCAAGACCGGUCAUCGUCUCUUCGUCGAUGCACCUCGACCCGCCAUGUCUCGUCCCCGGUCUCGGUCGCGACAAGGCUCGAUCACCGCGCCUCCACGGCGUUGGUGUCAGUGACGGAGCUUCUGAUGAACAUCUCCGUCCUCGCAGCACGGCAGCGGCGCCCACUCCGUCUCUGCGUCGCUGUUCCUCGACAGUCUGCACAGUCGAGAACUGCGCUUCGCUUCACAGGUGCGAGGACAGUCUCGGUCAUAUCGACACUGACGAAAAGCCUGAGGAAGCUGGGGACGCAAAGGAGCGCCGUGAGAUACUUGUCGCGCCUUUUCGGCGCAGGGGGUCGAGUGUGUCUUCGUCUUCCAAGCCCGUAACACAAGAGGGCCGCUACAGUACCGUCAGGGAUGUGGAAGACCCGUUCAUCGACACGUUUGAUGCGGCGGCUGGGCCAGGCACUUCGCUUUGCUAA